GCAACUUCUAUUUGCUCAGUUCACUCUCCCAAACCCUCAGGUCCGGCUCCAUGUCAACUCUUAAAGAGAUCCUCACUCGCCGUCCGGUGGCCGCCACGAUCAGGCUGACGGUGCCAGCCGGUGGCGCAAGGCCGGCUCCUCCGGUGGGUCCAGCUCUGGGUCAAUACAGACUCAAUCUAAUGGCUUUCUGCAAGGAUUUCAACGCCCGAACACAAAAGUACAAGCCAGACACUCCGAUGGCGGUCACCAUCACGGCGUUCAAAGACAACACGUUCGAGUUCAUCGUUAAGUCUCCGUCGGUCACAUGGUACCUUAAAAAGGCGGCGGGGAUCGAGUCCGGUAGCAGCCGGCCUGGGCACGUGGUGGCCUCGACGUUGACGCUUAAACAUAUUUAUGAGAUAGCGAAAAUAAAGCAGUCGGACCCGUAUUGCCAGUACAUGCCGUUAGAGAGUAUUUGUAAGUCCAUUAUUGGAACUGCUAAUACUAUGGGGAUUAAAGUUGUUAAGGAGUUGGAUUAAAAUAGCAUCAGGCUUUAGGGUUUUGUGUAAACAAAAAUUUUGAAAUGUUUUUACUUGUUUGAUUCGGUGAAUCGGAAUUGAAUUUGUUUCCUUAAGCUCUGAUUUUUAUGGGUUGUAAUCCCCAUUGCACUAUUUAACGUUUAUCAAUCACACAUUUUAUAUUCCUAA